AUGACAACGUUACUAACCUCCUGUACAAGUUCUCCUGGAAUCGUCCACUAUGGCGAGGAGGAUACCACCGAUGUGAGCCUUUCCCUCGAGAGGUUUUCCGCAAUCUCGAGGCAACUGCUCGCCUAUUGCAAUUCAGAUGCCUACGUCUUCAUCAAUCUCCCAGGAAUCACGAUUGAUGACUUUUCAGAGUAUAAGAAAGAAUUCACGAGUCUCCAACGAUAUAUUCAUUCUGCCUCGACAGCAGUAAGCUUCGAUAGGGUUGACACUCCUUCAAAUGCUACGUUUAGCGAACUGAUCGAAUACGUAAGCGACCAGUGCAGGAUUGACAGGUUCUUGGUUAUCGAGGGCGACGCUGCUGACGGCUAUGAGCCCUACAUUGAUGCAGCCGGAAGAAUUCUGCGCAUUGACUUCCUAAUGCUCCCAGAAGAUCAAGAUCUUCGCCGCCAGGCAAUCAUAGACUUCGAUAAGUCGCUGAGGACAAUCCUAGCCCAGAUCCCGUCGCCAGCCCACACGGUCAUACUCACUGCAGUGGGUCCGAGCGAGGCCCCUGAGCGAAGCUUAGCAGUUCCAGCGCGUCCAAUCUUCCCUGAAGUGCUGCUCGACCCUGCCAAGAGGCAAGAAAUAGAAAAGAACGACCACGAUCUAAAGAUGCCCCGUCACUUCAACGAGCCACGCCCCAAGUUCUCAGAGCCUCAGCUACGUUAUAUGACGGCAUUCGACAGCGAAUUUAUCUCAAAGAACUACGACUUGAUCAGGCUCAUCGUAACCUCGCUCAUUGGUUUCCUUUUGAUACAGCUUUUGGUCAAGUCCAGGACAGAACAAACGGGUAAGCCAGAUACUCGUCAAGGGAAAGCUACCAGCAAGGUCAGCGAGCCGCAACAGGGCGACGAGUCUACGAAGAAUGCCAACCAAGAAGCCCCCGCAAGCAAAGCGAAGAAGUUAUCGGGAGAUCGCGAGAUCGAAAACUAA